AGUUCUUAUGGUUACUCGUUGUUGUCGGAGCACAUAGAACGCCUAGCGGAAUGCACCCGCAACACUCGUUGGCCGACACCGUUGUACGGGCCGCCGCCUGGAGUGACGGCGGCGCGGAGUUUAUCUACGGGGACGGCACCAUUCUCUCCUUCCUCGACGACAUGAACACCUUCGUGGCGGUGCGUAGCAACAAGGCGCCCACCCCCGAUGCACGUCGAGGCACGCACAAGCGGUACACUGUUUUUUCACCCUCUUGUGACGGCGAGUGUGGCGAUGCCGGUGAGGCCCGACAGGAAGAUGAGGCGGAGCGGGAGAUGUGCUUUACCGCCUGGACUUUAAGCGCCUACGAAGCUAAGGUGCGGGCAGCGCUCUCGGUGUACAACAGUCUCGCGGAGCGCCCCCGCCUUAUCUCCACUUUACUGCCAGGGUAUCCGCACAGCAAUAGUAGUCGCCCUCCUCACCAUCUUUUAUCAGUGCAUCACUGUGAGGCAGCGUUACAUUGUGGCGGUCACUGCGGUGUAUGGCGUGUGCCGGGGCCACCGAUCCACACCCUCUUGGUGGAGAAGCGGCCCGACCUCUUUACCCGCUACGCCGUGUACGGCGCCGUUCGCGAGUGGUUGCUCGAGCCGGCGUUGACGCAGCCGAACGACGAGACUGUGACGCUGUCAGAGACCGCGCAGGACACGACUGUGUUCUCGGUCCACGACGUGCCUUCACGGGUGUGGGGUGUCGAUGCUCUUGCGGCGCACAGCAGCAGUAGCUGCGAAAUGCGACUCAGUCCUGCGAUCCACCACCCACGCCAACUACCCACUCACCUCCCCGUCGGGACCGUGCUGGAGCUGUGGUGCGUCCUGCGCCGUGUGCGGCUGACGGUGGCGGUGCAUCGCGAGACCUUCACGGUGCGGUGGCCUGCCCCGGUCACCCGGCCAGACGGCUCUCGGCUACCUCCUUCCUCUGUCGCGUCGUACCUCCCAACGUCGACUCACGUGGACGCGCUUCUUCCGUCGUCAUCAUCGGUGCUCUUCACCUAUGUGGAGCAAACGUUCCCCGUGUGCAGCCCACCGCCGGCGUGGCGCGUCAUGUUGCAGAUGGCGCUCGAAAUGGAUGCGGAGCUGCCCAUGACGGACAUCGUGUACCACGCAGCGUACACCACCGGCACUGACCCUACAGAAGAAAACGAGUGCAACGUGCAAGAGGCGCGAGCACAAAUCUCCAUGGCGCGUUCGUUGCCGGCAAGCGUUUACACCGACACGUUGCUCUUCGCGGACAAUGAGGGCGGCGGCUGUGGUGGUGGUGGGUGGCUAGGCGAGCUACCGGACCCCCAUCACUGGGGAGGAGUGCUCAACCAUGGACGCACGACCCACCCCUGUCGAUUCUCCUCCCUCACACCGGCGCAGGCGACGCAUCUCGCGGCUCCGCGGACGGCGCGGGUGCUGGAUGCCAUGCGGGCCCUGCACAGUGGCGGCCACGGCACGACCUCUUUUGCUUCGUCUUCUGCGAAGGAAAGCGGGCGACUGUGCUGGAUGUACGAGGCGAACCGGUGUGCCGCGAACGGCUACGUCGGCGACGCGGGCGGCAGCCCUCCUGCGGUGUACUGGUGCCUACCAGCAGCAGCAGUGUCAGACGACUCACACCCCGAAGGUGCUGAUGUGCUGGCGUGGGUGGCCGAGGAUGGCAGCGUAGUACACACGUGCUUGGAAGGGCAGGGCUACACCGUGCUGCAUCAACGCGUGAUCCCCGCGGUGUCAAAGCCGGUAGUGUAUCGGCUCGCGGGUGAUGGAGCAGCAUCAAGGGCGUCGCACAGACUGCCGCCGACGGUCGCACCGCUGCGAUGUCGUGUGCUGCUUUCGUGUGCGGGAGCAUCACGUGAAGAAGCCGAUAGAGUCAAGCACAAGGUGAGCGGUGGACGCGACCCACUCCCUCCCCUGUCUCGUCAGGACAAAGAGGACGUGAAGGUGGUGACAUUGUCAGAAAGAGACCAGAACCCCGAAGACUUGCCUACCCCUGAUGCUGCUGCUGAAACGACGGUGGAUGUAGCCGUGGUAGUGGUGGAUCCGUUGUCGUUGCACUGCACACAACGCACAAACGAGGGUGUUGAGGUGCAUGCCGCCUCGGCGAUGAGCGCGUGCUCAACGCUGUCCCAGCUAACCGAGCUGUCUCCUCUGAGCAGCGCCAUUCCUGUGACUGACGGCGUCAUCCCGGCGCAUUUCCCCGCCGCUACGCAAACUCUCACCGCACUUAUCCCGCAACCUCAGUCUCUCUCGGUUAUUAGGGCGGAGGAGGCGCGGCGAAUUCGAUGUCAUCGCUACCUCGCCGCCGUUACUGAUGUGUGCGUGCAGCUGUCGCAGCUGAACUGUGCGGUGUCUCGCGAGCGGCAAAAGAGAAGGGCUGAUCAGGCGCCGCUUCGCACAACUCACGCCACACUCGCCGCCUACUGUCAACCCGCGCCGUUCCAAGAACAGUCCAUUAACGCCCUUCUUUUUUCGCUUUCCCCAUUCAAAGCUCGCCCACCGCCGAGUUGCGGGGAGGGCGGCAUUGUAGCAGCGUCGAGUGAUUGCAUCGUGUACUUAACGAGCCACUUGGACGGCAUCGGCACCUUCACGGCUCUCACCAACGGCACCAUGCGGGGCCACUUCGACGACCGCACCAUCCUCACGCUCAUCCCAGGCCCAAAUGAGUUGGACGAAGCGCAGCUGCUGGCGACCUGUGUGCUGCGCGACGCACGGCGGUGCACGAUGCACGUGGCACAGUGCCGCCCAGGCGAUCCGAUCUUUCGCUACCUCGCAUACAUGCUGCCUUUCCGGCGCUUUGUGUAUCUGCAGGCGGCGCAGCGCAAUCAAGAAGAAAAGGAAAACGAAGGAAGAAGGCGGCAGCAAAAGAAGUACUGCCACCACGACGGCAGCAGCAGCAGCGAUGCGCACUUCCCAGGUGAGGAGAUGAUGUCUUCGGUAGCGGCCUCACUCGCAGACGAGUCCGUGAAUCAGCUGCCCAGUGUGCAAGCGAGUGCCGACGCGCACGCGGAGCAGCUCCUGCAUAGUUGUGAUGAACCAGCGGAAGACCAUGCGGAGUACAACACCUUUCCUGACAAGGACCAUAGAACGGAUAGCCUGAUGGUUGCCCGUGCAAGGAGCGCUGGGCCUCCUGCGCGUGGCACCGCAUCGUCCCUACGCUGGGGCAUUACGGAUUCGGCAUGCACGCUGCAAGUGCUGCGGAACCGCGAGGCAGCUGAGGUCUUUGAGCGGGAGGCCAGGCUGCAGGAGAUGAUUGCGGAGAACGAGUCCCUGUCGCACGCCACGCGAGCGCUCCUACGCGACUGA